GGCGGCCGUUAGCGCGGGGCGGGGCUGCGGGGGCGGCGCGCUCCGCCGCGGCGCCGUCAUGGCGGACGAGACGCUCUUCCUGCUGCUGCACGGCGAGAUAGUGGCGGGGCUUUACCGGGCCGCCGAGCAGGGCGACGGGGAGAACGGGCGGUGCAUCAGCAAGCUGGAGAACAUGGGCUUCCGCGUGGGGCAGGGCCUCAUCGAGCGGUUUACAAAAGAUACUGCUAGAUUCAAGGAUGAAUUAGAUAUUAUGAAGUUUAUUUGCAAAGACUUUUGGACAACUGUGUUCAAAAAACAAAUAGAUAAUCUCAGGACCAAUCAUCAGGGUAUUUAUGUACUUCAAGACAAUAAAUUUCGGCUCUUGACACAAAUGUCUGCAGGAAAGCAGUAUUUAGAACACGCACCAAAGUAUCUAGCAUUUACCUGUGGACUAAUCAGAGGAGGYCUAUCCAAUCUGGGAAUAAAGAGCAUUGUAACAGCAGAAGUUUCAACAAUGCCAGCAUGUAAAUUUCAGGUGAUGAUACAGAAGAUGUAGAGCACUUUCAGAUCUGGGUAUCUACCUUAAUCGUUCGUCCACAACUCACUUCUGUAAUGAGUAUCAGCAGGAAGAUGGUUAGGCCUGCACGGAGCUGUAAAGGCACCACCAAGACUCUGAGGACAUUGGGGUUUGCUAAAUACUUCUUGUUGCAAGAUUUGCAUAAGAAUACAUAUCUUGCUCUAGGUAAGCAUGAGAAGAUCUCGGUUAAAGUACUUUUAAUGGRUUUUGCUUGAGUCUUAAGUUCAGGCUUUGCAUUUUUGAACUGAAUGAUGAUGAAGUUGAUGGUGUUACUGAAUCUUAUAGUCCUUAUGCAGAAGUUUUAAGAAUGCCUUGUCUUGUGGUAGUGAUUCAUUUUGGUGCUACUUUAAGAACAGCAAAUAUAAGUUAGAGAGAAAAACUAGCAUGUUAUAAUAGCACUUCUCUCUGCURUAACACUUUUCUGUGUUGCCAGAAGUAGGUUUUCUAAUUGCAUUGUGGGCAAGAACAGCAGAAACUUCCCUAAGCUCUAGGGAGCUUGGAAGCCUGUAAUAAUCCCGUCCUUUUCUAGGUGGUUAUUAUAAGCUGGCAGUAAAUGCGAUAAUCAGGGGUUUAUUAUACUUGAACUUAAAAAGAUCAGAACUUGGUCACAUCUUAGGUACUGUUAAUGUUAGUUCGUAAUAGUUCUAGUUGAUAACCUGACAGUUUUGAGAAGCCCCUAGAACAGAAGCUGGAGCAGAAUGCUAUUCCACUGUGUACACAGAGAAAAGCUUGCACUCUGCUACGGGACUCGAGGAGAAUUUGGCUUUUAUARUGGUACAAAGAUUACAGGAAAGUUGUUCCUUUCCUCUCUUGGUAGAUUUGCACUGUUAUGUCAAAUGGAUGGACAUUUUGACAGCACAUCUUACACAUCUGCAACAUAGGAAAGACGUUCAGUAAUGAUAAGAUGGAAUUGCAUCUCUAAAAUUAAAAUCAAGUACAUAUUAUAAUUCAUCCUUAUUUUAUACUUGAGCAACUGCUAAGAGUACUAGUAAUUAAGACUACUUUCCCAGAUGGAAAAGUACCAGUAGCUUUAAGACCCUUUAACAAUUUAUUGGUUAUGCACUUUAAGAAAAUAAAGAAAAAAAAAUGAGGGAGUUAAUUGAAACUAACUACUGGGAAAAUACCAUAUAUAAAUGUGCUGUACCAACACAAUUUGUUGUUCCUUUAGCUUUUUAGUUGUUGAAUAUAAUGAGAAUCCCAGGACCCACAAAACAGAUGCUGAAAGUUGUGUGGAAGCAUUCCAUGUUA